AUGUUAAGGAUAUCCAAGCUCGUUACAUCGCAGUGGUACGUUUUCCUAGAGUCAGAGUCUGUUGUAGACGCGUCCACAUUAUUCUCAUUCCUGAAAGGUUUUGAUCCAACAAAGAAAACCUUCUUAGGACACGGUCUUUACGACAAGAGCCCUACCAUCAUACAUCAUUUUUACGGACAUGAUCGCGAUGGGGACCGGAAGUUCUUAUUCCCUGAUUUCGCUGCCGGUUUUGUUCUUUCGGGAGAGACUGUUGACAAGGCUGUUAUUGGAAUUUUUAGCUUAGCUGCUGCAAUGAAUACUUCAGCUGCUAAAGCAACAGACACGUUCACGAUUGAUGCAAAGCAUGAG